AUGGAUAAACAAGAAUCCUCGGAUAGCAAUGUACGGUUCAUACCGCCAUCAAUUCACCCGGCUACUCUCCUUUCUGGAGACUCAUAUGCCCAUUACUCUCCAUGUCCACCAGCUAUAACUCCAUCAACGCUCACGGAAACCCUAGAUGGCUCCAUGGAGCCUACACCAUGUGUUCUGGGUGUUGACGAAGCCGGCAGGGGUCCGGUUCUGGGUCCAAUGGUUUACAGCGCAUUCUACCUCCCACUCUCACUCCAUCACUCCCUCCUAGCCGAAGAACACCACUUUGAUGACAGCAAAGUUCUCACUCCCGCUGUCCGCACAAAUCUCAUGCGCCUUCUUUGUACCCCAGACCAUUCUCUAAACACAUCUUGCGGCUGGGGGGUGAAGGUGAUGUCUGCUCGAGAUAUAAGUACAGGCAUGCUUCGAUCAGGAACGGGAAAUUACAACUUGAAUGCUCAGGCCAUGGACGCAACUAUUGAACUUAUUAUUUGUAUCGUAGAGAAGAUGGGGGUUAAUGUGAAAGAGGUAUACAUUGAUACAGUUGGGAAUCCAGAAACAUACCAGAAGAAGUUAAAGCGGAUAUUCCCCGCGCUAAAAAUUACCGUGACCAAAAAGGCAGACUCGCUUUAUCCCUCUGUCAGCGCUGCAAGUGUAUGCGCCAAAGUUACCAGGGAUGUGGCUCUGGAACUUUGUUAUGAGGCUUUAGUGAAGCAGCGCGGUGCGAUGGAGCAAGAAGGCGCAGCAGAUGGCUGGGGUAGCGGCUAUCCAUCAGAUUCCAAAUGUGUUGGAUGGUUGAAAAACGACAUGGACUCGCUUUUUGGGUGGGGAAAUGAAUGCAGAUUUAGCUGGGGAACUGCAAGAGAACUUCUUGAAUCGAAUAGAGGUAUCAAAGUGGACUGGCCGGUUGAUGAAGACGUCGAAGCUCAACUAUUAACAGACUUCUUCUCGUUUUCCAGGAGUGGAGCUGGAUCUAAUGAAAAAGCCGAUGAGUUACGAGAUUGGUACGGUCAAAGACUUCAGGAGGUAUUCUGA